GCGUACCAAUAUCUGAAAAAAAACACAAUUCAUUAGAUGGUUUGAAAUACAAUGAACGGUUCGAAUUUUUAAACGUAUUUUCAAUGGAAAUGGAAUUGGCGAAAAGUUUAAGAAAAGGUUUACCGUAUCCAAUUCUGAAAAUAAUCGAAUAUUUAAGCGUGGAUCGUGCGGGAUUUGUCUGGGGCAGACAAUAUCGUCUUACUGGCCAUUAUACCAUAUAUUUACUAUGGUAG